AUCGAGAGGCGCCAGGAGAGAAUGCUGUGGAAAAUGACGUGGGAAGGUUCCGGCAAGAGCCGUGCACAAGGGCAACCUGCUGGGGGUGAUGGUGGGCCGAGGGAGGACAAGGUCACCUUAAAGACGCUCCAUGGGCCCAAGCUCACUGCAGAGGAGACGGCUAGGAUGAAGGCGGAGACAAAGGAGUCGGCGGCGGAAAAGAUGAAGGACAUCAGGGCGGGGGUGGCAAAGGACAAAGCUGCAAAGGUGCAGGAUGGAAAGGAUCGUCGAAGAGCUGGACAAGGUGAAAACCUGAGUGCCGGGGAGCCAGAGGUCCAUGAAAAGGCGGGAGGCCGGGUGAGUUGGAAGGCGCCAGAGGAGAUGGUUCAGGUCGACUACACCAGCCAGGAGAAAGACUUCGCCGAGCUGGUGUCGGGUCCAGAUCACUCCAUCUUCGACCACGUCCCGAGGGAAGCGAAGCCCCACGCGGGGCGUGAUGGCACGUCGGCCCCCUUCGAGGCGCAGGAGAUGGUGAGGAAGGCGCAGGCAUUGGCUGAUGGUCCCGUGUUGGGAAAGUUGCAAGAGGCCUCGGAUGAUUUGUAUGCCUGGGCCGCCACAAGAGUCGCCAAUGACCCGGAGGUAGGCUUCGAGGCGUUGAUGGAGGAGAUGGUGCAGUAUGGUCUGGGCGAACUGGCAGCAGAGGCAGCAGACCUUCUCGAAACCCAUGGUGGCGGACCCAAGGCAGGACAUCAAGCUCGGUGUCGAGUGGGAGAGACACGUUGGGACGACGAUGGACCUGGGAAGGCACUGGUGCAGAUUGAUGAGGCAUCCUGGGCUAUGUGGGACUACGGCGAGGUAGUGCGCAUGACGGAGGAGCUUGCCGGGCUUCUGGGCCUCAUCGAGCCGGAGAAGGAGAAGCGGCAGUGCGUGACUAAGGUCUUCGCAGCGGGUUUGCUCAUCACCCAGGAGGGCAAAGCUCCAACAAUGGAAGAGGUGGAGAAGUUGGCGCAGGACUUCAGGCUGGAACAGGCCAGACUGGCGGUGGAAGCCGAAGGGGUGAUGGGCCACGCGGAGACGAGGGUGGCACCCGUGGAACAUGAACUCAGAAUGUAUGCCCAUGACAUCCUCACACCACACCAUGACAAGGACUACCGAGCUCUGGCCGUGUUCCCCUUGGCAGCUUUGGAGGAGAUGCGCAUCGUCGUCGUGCGGGUCGACUACAAGGGCGACGUGUUGUUGGAGACGGUGACUGGAAGCCAAUGGACGCAGCGGGACAUGUGGGUGAUGAUUUCGAAGGGCCACAUGACGCUGCUACAGCCCCCGGCGGAGGACGUCGCUCGCCAGUUGCUGACCAACGAGGACGUGUACAACACACCUUGUUUGGGGUUUCGAUACUUUUGGCACCAACGGCACGAUCAGGCAAAAACUGCACCAGGGCUCGUGUGCUGCAGGCACUGCAAACCCCGAAAGGGAGGAGGACAGGAAGAGCAACCGGCAUUGGGCUGUUUGAGAAAAACUACCUGUUUACCCGCGUUGUCCCAGGUCUUGGCUGGAGGCGGUCAGAUGACCAGAGCCGUGCACGAGGCCAAAGGGCACCCUGGUUUGGUCUUGCAGGAGUACUUCGCGGGGCACGGGGUGAUCACUCAAGGGUGGCGGGCAGCAAAUCAGACGGCCUUGGAGCCGAUCGAGUUGUAUGAAAAGCCUCAUCAACAGCUGGGUCCCCGUCCGGAACAUGAUCUUGCAGAUCCAGUUCGGCAAGGGUACUACAUGGAGCGGCUCACAGAGCGAACCUCGAAUGUCCAAUGGAUCGCCAGCCCCUGCACUACGUUCUGUGACUGGUGCUUACAGAAUGGCGGGACCAGGACUUUCCAAAACCCAGCCGGUCUCCCGACAGCCAAGGAACACAUUGGCAACACCCUGUCAGAGUACGGGGCAGCGCUGUUUGAGGCAUCGUUGGUGCAGGGCGGCUUCCCGAUCGCAGAGAGCUCCGGCACUUCUGGCCGGUACCCGAAGCAGUGGCACCUGCCGCAAUGGCGAUGGUUGUUACAACGGCCGGACGUGGACUUCAUCGAAGUGGACAUGUGCGCCUUUGGCUUGGGACCUCCAGAUACUACUGGCCAGUACUACCGCCACAGGACGGGACUUGCUUUCCCUCAUCACCCACCACUUCGACAGGCACUUCUUCGCCUCUGCCCGGGGUUGUCCGACACCCACCAGCACAUCGCCUUGAAGGGCAACAGACCAGGGACCAGCGUCUCCAGGCGCACUGAGGCUGGGGUCUAUACCGGUGGUCGCCAACUCUACGGCUAUGACGAGGAACCCGAGGGCGACCAAGGUUUGGAGGGCCUGGAUGAAGAGCAGAUGCAGCAGGUUGCGGAGAUGGCCAUUGAGGCGGAGAUGGGUGUCUGGAAUGGGGUCGAGAUCCACCAUCAAACCCAACCUGAGAGCGAGGAGACCUACCACCAUCAGGCUCCGCCCGAGAAUGAGGAGACCUACGAGGAGGCGGAGGAGCUCGAGGGCGAGGGCACGGGGGAGACCCAGGAGGACACCGGGAUGGCAGGAGCCCGACCAGAGGAAGGGAGGACACGAAUCGUGUGGCAGAACCUGGGCUUAAGGAACAGAAUCGAUGUCGACGCAGAGCGGGGCUACGUUUGGCUUCACACCAACGAGCCGCGGUAUGACUUGGCAGUCCCUGAUGAGCUCCCGUACCCUUAUGGUCCUAGCCGGUUUCACAGUGAAAGGUACACCCGGUGUGAACGGAGGGAUGCCCGGGGCCGCUUGGAGGUUGCCGAGGUCUACGACGAUUGGAGGACCCAAGGGAGGAGCCAGCCACCCUUUGUUCCGUGGACGGGAACUACCCUCUUCGUGUUCUCGGACGGUCAGGUGCCUUGGGCGCACAUCCCAGCGGAGGACGACCAAGGUGACGAUGAGGACCAUCCCGAUGGGGACGCUGGUGGUGGACCAGGUAGUGGUGCGAGAUGGUCGGGGGGACCUGGCACGGGUUGGCAAGGGCUCAAUGCCGAUGGUGAGUGGCAAGGGUGGUCUUCGUGGUCUUGGAGGGGGACUCACACUGGGGGCAGCAGAUGGGUCGACUUCGAGGCGGAGGGCAUUUCCGGGAAGGCGGCUACCGCGGCUCUGGGCUACAUCCAGGAGAUCGACAAGGCGAGAGAAGGUGACACGGGACCUGGAGCCUGGGAUUCAAUCCGGGAAAGGGGGGAUUUGCUCCUCAGUGCGGCGGGCUCGGUGGAGAAGGCGGCUUUGGCUUUGUGGAUUGCACGGGAGCACCUUGGGAGGAACAACCUGCAGGGCGUCGAUAGCCAGCAGUUCGAUGACCUCCUACAUCCGGAUCACCUGGCAUAUCUACGGGAAGUACGGGCCCAAGGCAUGCCCGCAAGAUUCCAAGGCCAAAGAGAGAGGGUGGCUACAAAGCCGCAUCCGAGAGCCAGGGCAGACUUGGGACAGGUCUAUGCUCAGUUGAUGAAGGACAUCUUGAAGCACCGAGUGCUGGUGGCCUCAUCGGAGCAUCCGGCUUUGGAACACACAGUCUCCUCGCCUUUUGAGCUCGUCCCCAAGAUGCUGCCGAACCGGACCUUGUCGACAGAGGCGAGACUGGUGCAUGACCAGCGCCAGGUCAACGGGGGAACGCACAAAGACCUCCACCCACCAGCGGGCCAGCCGACGCAUGAGCAGGUGGUCAGACGCAUCCUGUGGUUGAAAGCCCGGUACCCAGGGGUGCCAGUGGUUAUGGCAAAGAAGGAUGUGGCGGGGGCUUUUCGUCUGUUGUGGGUCGACCCGAGAGACACGGAACUGUUUGCUGGGGAUGUGCCAUGGAAACCGGACUUGAUUGGGCCGAGCGAUGCAUCUGGGAGGACCGGGCUUGACUCCAACCUGACGGUGAUCUACUUGGUCUCGAGCUUUGGGUUUUCCGGGUCCCCUGGGGAGUGGACCGUCUGGGGCAGAGCGACGGAGGAGGUACACCGCGGCCUGAAGCCUUUGGAGAGUCGGCGCGAUGGGGAGGUGCACUUCUGCGGCAAGAUCCUGGUCGACGAUAUGGUCCUGGUGGAACCCGUGAUAGGCCCCAGACCUUGGGUUUCGAGUGAAGCCUAUGAAUGGGCGGUGACACAGCUGCUGGGGGAGAAGGCCAUCAACAAGCUCAAGGACGCGGAGGAAGGGUGCUUCAGCCGGCAGCAGACCGUUUGGGGCCUCACCAUCAAUGCGGAGACUGAGAGGAUGUCGUUGCCAGAAGCUAGGAUCCUCAAGGGUGCCUACCUCCUGGCUCAACCAUGUUUCAACUAUGGGCACAAGGACCUCCCGCUGAAGGAGCUGCAGAGGUUCCGGGGGAUUGCAACAGGUUGGAGCACGGUCGUGGCAGGACUGAAGAAUGAGCUCAAGAGUGCAGAUGUGUUCCUUGGUGGGAUGGAUGGCAGGGCAGCAGUUCGCCCGCGCUUGGUGCGGGAGGAUGGGUCGGAGGCCGCCAACCAAGAGGAGCUGCAGGCCUGGGAAGCACUAUGGGAGCUCUUCGAGGACUGCCGAUGGCUUUGCUCCCGAUCUGAGACUUGGGCCGAGAAGUUCGGGGGCGACAUCAGGGAGCUACUGCCUCCUCUUGAGCGGCUAGCGCUCCCAGGUCAGCAAGGGGGAGGACCAGUUUUCGUAUCAUCGGACGCAACGCCUGAUGUGGUCGCAGCUAUCGACUGGACAAAUGGGCUUGCUUGUAGGGAGGAGGUCGAGACGUUGAAACCCUGGAUCAAACAAGUGAUUGAAGCCGAGGGCCAAGGAGACCAGAAGUUGGCUAUCCAUCUUGGGGAGAUGCUCAGCUUUGUCGCCUUUGCCUGCAAAGUGGGUCACCAGUGGGAAGGCCGUGUGGUGGUGUACGCCGGGGACAACAAGGUCGUUUACUUCUGGAUCACAAGCAGGAGGAGUGGUCAUACGAGUCCUGAACCUGGUCGAGAAGAGGCACAGGAUGCGGACGCCCUCACCCGCUUGGAGGAGAAGGAGGCAGUCGAGCUCAUGGAGAAGAAGGGUUGGAGACGUCAGGAGAUCAAGCUGAGUAUCCAGCAGGCCCUUGAGGACACCGAGCGGUUUGGCUUGUGUUUCCUGUCCUGGGCUGAUCAGGAGGAUCGUUGGGAGCUGAUGCGGUUGAGGGAACUCAGGGUCUUCAGGGCGAUCUUCCGGCAGCCGGCGGACCUGUCCAAGGUCGAGGUGGUUGAAUGGACACCGGGCCGUCGUCAUGUCAGAGACUGGCAGUACUUCUCGAGCGAUGAAGGCAGCCCGGAGUACAAGAUCGUGGCGGGCACCAUCGGACCGGACCCGAAGCGCAGGAAGGUCAAGGAGUUCCUCCAGUUCCUCGACGGUGAGACAUUCGAUGUGGCGGUCCUCGAAGGCCCUGGCGAGGUGAAGUGGUCUGACAUGGAGCGAUGGGCGGAGGCCAUUGGGUGGACCUGCAUCUUGCAGGCGUUCCUGACGUCCGAGCUAGGUGAGGCCAUGGUGCGACGGAGGGUAGCUGGUUUCAUCUGCCCGGUGAGCAAAACAGCAGAGGCGGUGGAGUUCCUGAUGGUGAAGGCUGUGACACCGCCAGCGAUGGGUACCUACUUGCAGAAGGUGCGGGAGGGCAACUGCGUGGGCGUCCACAAGUUCGAGACAGCGAUCAAUGUGGGCCAGGAGGUGAUGCUCCCGGUGGUGGCGGCACAUGCCUGGGAGGGUCACGAGGGAAAGGCAGGGAUGUGCGCCGACUAUGAGGACUACAAGUCUUUGGGCGCCUUGCUACGGUGGUUGCGGAGAUGGAGGAGAGGAGAUUUUCGACGGACCGAACCUCAACGGAAGGCCGGAGGCUUUGAAGACCAGACGUCGACCGUGUGGUUCUGGGGCGAGGAGCUAUGGUUGGAAGCCCUGGGGCUUGAAGAGAGAGGCCCGGGAAAGUUCGAGGGCGUCGAGCAGAGGCGCUGUGGAGGACGCAAAAAGAAGGAGGUGAAGGUCGUGGAAGAGGACGGCGCCAAGUUCGUUGACUUGAACCCCGACUUCAACCCGGACAUGGAGAUUCAAGCGCAGGUGGAAGAAUGGUUGGAGGCUCACCUGGUGGGGGACAAGGCAGCCAGCACCCAGCGAGCCUACCAAGUGCUGGGCUACCUCGGGUACCUGGGUUGGCUGGGAACUUCGGUCGCCACGAUGAAGCAGGCGGUGUUUGCGAUCAAGGACGCGCACAAGCGGGCAGGCCAUGGCGACACCACCACCACCACCAAGAUGCACCGCCUUUGGAUCGUCCUAAACUCCUUGGAGAAGAACUCCGUGAAGAGGCCAAGACGCCUGGGAGUUACAGUGCAGAUGCUCAAGUGGAUCGGGAAGCGAAUGGCCACGGGAGCAGAGUCCUUCGGCGAGCUCGAGGUAGACUGCAGGAUGGUGCACGCCGCCAUGGUGACGGGCUGGUUCUUCAUGCUCCGAGCUCGUGAAUUCGCGGACUCCAGUGGGGUGGACCAGGAAAUGAUCCUCCGUGGACAAGAUGUCUCGCUGACCACUCGAGGCCAAGGGGAUGAGGAGAACCCGCAGGAGGUGACGAUGCAGUUCAGGAAGACGAAGGCCGACCAGGAGGCAUUUGGCACGUGCAAGACUAUGCUCAAGACUGGGGUCGAGCAUGUCUGUGUGGUCACGGCCUUUUCGAACUGA